UUAAUAAAUAAGUUUGGCAAGAGGAGGGCCGCGUUUUGUGGAGGAAUUGGUGACGACUUCCUCGUGGUGGGAUAAAUCUCUGCCCUUCUCUCGCACUCCCUUCAGUACCUCGAGACCAGCUAGCUCGUCACAUACGACGAUACCUCUCACACGACACACUCACGUCCCAAGUUGACUUCAAACACUUCUUUACCCUUUGGAGAUAAAUAUAACUUGAAAUGGGAUCCGGUUUAAAGAUUUUGGUGCUGACGGUGGGCAUGAUUUCGCUGGGGUCGUGCCAGUAUGAGCAGCAGGUCAGCCCGUACACGGCGUCGAGAGGAGGAGGGCCGGCGUAUCGAGCGAUUCCCCGUCUCGUGGGGGUGAAGGUAGGGGAUGACGACGGCGACGAGUAUUUAGUGGGUGCGGAGGGACGAAAUGUCCGCAUUACGGCGAGACCACCUGUGUUCUACGGUGGGAGUGGGAGUGGUGGUAGUGCAGGUCUUGCGGACGUAGGGCAAGGCGGACCAUCUCCUGUCUCGUAUGCUUAUGUACAACAGCCUGGGGACCCACUUCCAGUUGUGCGACGGAUUCGUGUCAAUAAUAAUAAUCCAUCGCCAGCUGCGACGUAUGCGUCUCCCGCGACGUCGCCAUAUCAAGGCGUUCCCGUUCAGUAUGCGCACACCGUUCCUGCAGUGGCGACUUAUCGCCCUGCGCCCGUAGCUGCUUACUCGCCAGCAGCGCAGGUCUCACAACAGCACCACGUCACAGGUCAAUAUCGACCAGUCGCGUAUGCCCCACAGCCACAAUACUACGCAGCAGCCCCAGCACCACAGGUGGCAGCCGCCCCACGCCAGAAAGUCGUUCAACUUGCGCCACGACCUGUCCUCAAGGCGCAAAAGGUUGUGAAGGAUGCAGAAGCGGAGGAGGAGGAAUACGCCUCAGAUCCCAACCCUCAGUACAACUUUGCCUUUGACGUGAAGGACGAUGAAUUGACGAACUACCAGAAUAGGCAAGAAACGCGAGACGGGGGUGUGACCAAGGGAUCCUAUUCGGUCGUGGAUCCAGACGGUUAUGUGCGUACCGUGACGUAUGAAGCUUCGUCAAAGGGAGGAUUCCAAGCUAAAGUUACGCGAGAGCCAACGGACGUUAAAAUUAAGUUUCCCGUCCCCACACCUGCUCCAGAACAAACUGAGGGAGGUAAAUUACGAGGGCAGCAACCUGGUCAGCAAUUGUACCAGUAUGCACCCACGACACCCGUGCAGUACGCGACUGCAGGACAAUACGUCCCACGACGCUACCCCCACAGACUGGCCCCACAACAGUACGUCCAGCAGUAGACGUGGAGUCAGUCAGCUCUCCCCCAUUGUUGUUCCUCUUCAAGAUUUAUUAUAUUUUUAAGAUAAAAGAUAGGAAAAUAAAAUAAAAAUCAUUAAAAUAAA